AUGGACGUGGAUCCGGCGGGCAAGCAGGGUGAAGAGGAAGGACGAGAAGAUACCCUGCUUGCACGGGGCAGCGGAAGGCAUGUCAACGCCAACGACGAAGGUUCCCCCACUGCGCGGGGCGGCGGAAGGCAUGUCAACGCCAACGACGAAGGUUCCCCCACUUCGCGGGGCGGCGGAAGGCAUGUCAACGCCAACGACGAAGGUUCCCCCACUGCGCGGGGCGGCGGAAGGCAUGUCAACGCCGACGGCGAAGGUUCCCCCACUGCGCGGGGCGGUGGAAGGCAUGUCAACGCCGACGACGAAGGUUCCCCCACUGCGCGGGGCGGCGGAAGGCAUGACAACACCGACGACGAAGGUUCCCCCACUGCGCGGGGCGGCGGAAGGCAUGUCGACGCCGACGACGAAGGUUCCCCCACUGCGCGGGGCGGCGGAAGGCGUGUCAACGCCGAUGACGAAGGUUCCCCCACCGCACGGGGCGGCGGGAGGCGCAUCAGCGCCGACGACGAGGUUUUCACCACUGCGCGGGGCGGCGGAAGGCGCAGCAAUGUCAACGACGAAGGUUCCCCCACCGCGCGGGGCGGCGGGAGGCGCGUCAACGCCGACGACGAAGCUUCUCCCACUGCGCGGGGCGGCGAGAGGCGCAGCAAUGUUGACGAAGGAGAUUUCCCAGCUGCUCGGAGAGAGGGGAAACGAGGGGACGCCGGAAAGAGAGAGCAGGAGCAGAGCCAAGGGAAGAAGAUGCAGGAGUAUUACAAGGGAGGCGAGACGGAAGAAGGCUCACCUAUGAGGCGGCGAGGCGAAAGUGCGCCGCGAGGGAGGGUCCAAGGUGCUGGACAGCAGUACAAGGCGCAGGCGGAGGGCGGAAGAGAUCAAGAGGCGGCACCAGGAAGGAAGGGGCAGGGAUGGGGGCCGGCAGUCACAGUAUUGUUCGAGGGCGGAGGAGAAGAGAUGGGUGAGGAGAGAGCAAGAAAGGCGGCACCAGGGGCGUUCGCCCGCGGGGAGGGACAGGAUAUGGACGGAGGGGCGCAGAGAAAACCUUGA